AUGAAUCUCAUACUCCCACUUAUCCUUCUACCCUACUCUCGAGUCUCAGCAUCACCUCUCUCGUUUUUGAAUCUUCAAUCAUGGGACCAACUACCCCUUCACCAUCUCACCCCCUCUCACUCACCUCAUAUAACCAUCUCACAAAACGAGCCUAAAGUCAAUGUCUCACUAUACGUCAUGUCCCGAUGUCCUGAUGCUCGCUUGUGCGAGAGCGUAUUCGCCGAUGUGUUACAUACUGAAGGAGUACUGGCUAAGGUGAAUUUGGAUAUGCAUUAUAUAGGAGAACUCAACUCAUCCUCCCCUCUAGGUGUAACAUGUAAACAUGGUCCUCUCGAAUGUCUCGGUAAUCUCCAACAAUUAUGUUUCUUCAAUCAUCUCCCUCUCGAUACUUUCUACGCAGUGUUAGAAUGUUUCAACUAUGCCGAUUUCCCUACCCAUAUAGGUGAAUUAUCCCUCGCACGUUCAUGUGCCGAUACGGUGGGUGUGAAUUGGGAAGAGAGUGGUGUAGGCGAAUGUAUAGGUCGAGGUGGAGAAGGUUGUAUCGAUUCGGAGAAGGGGUGUCAAAUAGGGAAAGAAGGAAAGAAGUUGGUGAGGACAAGUGUGAAGGAGACUAAAGAAUCGGGAGUGAAGACUAGUUGUACGAUCGAGAUUGCUAGUACCUUGAAAUCGGGAGGAAAGAGGGGAUGUGUGGUUGAUGGAGGUGUUUGGUCAGGAUGUGAUGAUGGUCACACGGCCGCAGACUUUGUUAGUAUUAUCGGAGAAGAGUGGGAUGCUCUGCGACAACAGGCCACAUAG